UAGCCUAUUCUGCAUGGUUCGAAAACGUAUUCUUUGCACACUUUAGGGAGGAAGAAACUAAAAUUGACCAGAAUGUGUCCAAACACCUUUUGUCUUCGUUUUGAACAAAAAUCUAAACUACGUUAGAUUGUCAUUUGCUUCUUUUUCAAGGUUAAAAGUUUUUUUUUUUUUUUCUGGGUCUUAGUGUCCGCCCUUGAUUCAGAGCCUUCUUUAAUUCUCUUAUGGAAAAAGGUGGAGUUUGAAAGAAUGAAAGACCACUCUGUGUGCACCUUGGACCUCCGCCCGUCUGUUGGACGUGUCGUCCCUUAUGUCGACAUUAUAGUCUAUAAAUCCUGAAUUUGAUUGCACGUAUCUUUUAUGAUCAAGGUACCAUUUCCCGUUUAGUUGUGUCGAAGGGCUGAGUCGUGUUUUGGACUUUGCAACAGUCUCUCAGAUAUAAAGCUACAGUAACACACUAACAUCUGCGCACUCUCCAGUCAGAGAUGGACACCUGGGCUAUUCUAAGCAUUCUGCUCGCGGUCACGCAUUACGUGUCAGGGCAGAGUACAAUAAGAUGGUGCACUAUUUCUUCUGCGGAGGAUUCCAAAUGUAAAGCAAUGGUUCAGGCCUUCACCAGCGCUGCGGUUCGACCAGCGCUACAGUGCGUCCUCGCAUCAUCUAAAGCCGAAUGUGCUCAAAAACUCACCAAAAAUGAAGUUGAUGCCUUCUCAGCCAGUGCUAAAGAGAUAUAUGACAUUGGCAAGCAAGCCAGCAUUAAAAUUGCAGCUGGAGAAUCUGGAGCAGAUGGGAAAGGAGUAACAUACUACGGUGUUGCUGUGGUGAAAAGGUCAAAUUCAGCCAUCAACAUCAACAAUCUGAAGGGAAAGAAGUCUUGUCACACUGGCAAGCACCGCACAGCUGGCUGGAACGUCCCUCUGGGGUAUUUGAUUGACAAUGGAAUGAUGUCAGCCAUGGGGUGCAACAUCUCUCAAGGGGUUGCUGACUUCUUUAGCGCCAGCUGUAUCCCUGGGGCUAAAGAUGACCCUGCGUCCCUGUGUCAGCUGUGUGUGGGAGAUGGGACAGGAACAGGAAAAUAUAAGUGUGAUGAAAGCACUUUAGAGCAGUAUUAUGCAUAUAAUGGAGCGUUCAGGUGCUUGGUUGAUGAUGCAGGUGAUGUUGCCUUUGUGAAGCACACAACUGUAAGAGAGAAUACAGAUGGUCAGGGUGAUUCAUGGGCUCAAGGCUUGCACUCGGAGGACUAUCAGCUCCUGUGUCAGGACGGCACCCGCAGUCCAGUCAGUGAUUAUGAGAAAUGCCAUAUGGCUCGAGUCCCAUCGAGGGGGAUUGUUGUCCGCACUGACAUCAGCAGUUCAGUGGUUUACAACAUGUUACGUGAGGGACUGCAAAAGUCUGGGUUCUCCAUGUUCUCCUCAGCAGGCUUUGAAGGGACAGACUUGUUGUUCAGCGACGCUUCAACCACAUUUAUCCAAGCAGGAAAUGAAAACUAUAUCAAAUGGAUGGGCCGAUACUAUAACAUACUGAGAGCUAUGGACUGCACAGAGUCAGACGUUCCCUCCCGCCUACGCUGGUGUGUCCUGUCUCAUGGAGAGCAGCAAAAAUGUGCAGACAUGGCUGUGGCAUUCAAAAGCAAAAGUUUGAUUCCUAACAUUCAGUGUGUAUAUGGCUCAUCUGUGGAGGACUGUAUGAAGAAAAUACAAAACAAGGAAGCUGAUGCCAUCACUCUUGACGGAGGUUACAUCUACACAGCGGGGAAGAGUUUUGGUUUGAUACCUGCUGUCGGGGAGAGCUACACAGGAGACACUGACGGAAGCAUUUAUUAUGCUGUGGCUGUGCUGAGGAAGAGCAACAGAGACAUCCAGAGAUUCAGUGACCUCAAGAGCAAGCGCUCCUGUCACACAGGUUAUGGAAGGACUGCAGGCUGGAACAUUCCCAUGGGUCUGCUAAUAGAAAAAAGCAUCAUCAAACCGCAGACAUGCCAAGUGGCCCAAGCUGCUGGGGAGUUCUUUGAAUCAGCCUGUGUACCUGGAGCCAAUCAGAAAGGUUUUCCCAGUAACCUGUGUGAGCAGUGCAUCGGAGACGCCAGUGGUCAAAGCAAGUGUGAAAAAGGCAAGGACCUAUACGACGGUUACGAUGGAGCCUUCAGGUGUCUUGUUGAAGGUCAUGGUGAUGUGGCCUUUGUCAAACAUUCCACUGUAUUCCAGAACACAGAUGGAAACAAUACCGAUUCUUGGGCGGUAAACCUGGAAUCCCGUGAUUUUCAGCUACUUUGUUCUCAGGAGUCUCGUGCUGAAGUCACUCAGUACACUAAGUGCAACUUGGCCCGUGUCCCUUCCCACGCUGUUAUGAUAAGACCCGAUACCAACCACCAUGUCAUCUUUGGCCUCCUGGACAAAGCCCAGAACUUCUUUGGAGUUAAUGCUGCCUCAGGUUUCAAGAUGUUUGACUCCAAACCCUAUGAGGGUUCUGACCUGAUUUUCAAGGAUUCAACUAUCACUUUAAUUGGUGUAGGAGAGAGGAAGACCUAUGAGGAAUGGCUUGGCCAGAGCUACCUGGAUGCCGUAACAGCCAUGGAGUGUUCAGCUUCAUCAACAGUGUUUUCCUCAUCCUCACUAUUGCUGAUGUCCAUUGUGUGCUCCCUGGUGUCUCUGUUGGCUUUAUAGUGGGUCUGCCAGCCACAGAAUUAUUUCUCAACUCUGAUCUUCAUACUCAUGUUGAAAUUUCUAGUAUUUAGGUGAUUCAAGUUCAAAUCAAAUCGCUAAAUCGAAAGCGACAAUAUGCUUAAGCAAUAGCAGUGCCUUUUAUCUGUGAUUGUAAUGGUACAUAGUACACGGUACGUGCCUAUGGUUGAUAAUCUUUGUAAGUGGGUCUAGGGGAAUUUUUGGAACCGUCUUAAAUUAGGAACUGUAAAGAGUUGGUUAAAGUCUUCCUUUAAACUAAGUUUAAACCAAAGCUAGUUUGUUAUUAUGACCAUUUGUAUUAUUUCUACUCUGAAAUUGCUGAGGGCAAUAGCCAUAUCAGUGCAUAUGCUUUGCCUGUUACAUAUUUAUUGCACAAUGUUUAUUGCAGCUUUUAAAACCGACAUUUUAUCAUGUUAUGAACUAUAUGAAGGCACAUGCCAUAUCAGGGAAUAUGCUGUGUCUAUCAUUUUCCCCUUUGAUGAUUUUUGUAUCGUGCAGUUGAAUGCAGCAUGCACUGGAGUUGUACUACUGAAAGUUGUUUUCCUCUCACAUUCAAACUGAUUCUUGCUUGCUUAAAUCAACAACAUACUGUACUAAGGCAUUUAAAAUCCAAAAUAUUUUUUGACCAAUCUAAUAAGUAGUCAUUGAGAUUAAAUAAACUUUUCAGAUGUGAUAAUCUCAGCAAUGCUUUCAUAUCAGGGGGAGGAGUAUUUCAUAUUAAUGCUUGUUCAGUCAGUCAAGACCCACAAUUGUGCUCCAGUUGAUGAUUUACACAGUUUCACUUACUUGAUCUCUUGCUUCAUGUGUUUCUUUGAGAGAUUUUUUUUAUUUGUUCAGAUACCAUAUCAGUGUAUAUGUGCUGACACAUGCAUGUUCUACAUUAAUGUCUGCUUUGUCUUGCAAUUUCUUAAUGAAAUGAUUAGGAUAUAACUAAUAUUUAGUUGCCAGGCCAGUGCGUCUGCUCAAGUAUUACAGUAUAUUGUCACUUAUUUGAAAUAAACAAGCAUCUU